AUGACUUCUAAAACUGACGAUCCUCCACCUUACGAGGAUGCAGUUCACCAACCUAAGUAUGGAAACGACCCCAACCAGCAGCAAGAUGGCUCCCCUCUUCCACCACCUCCAUCGUACAGCCCCAGCCCUCCAGGCUACUGGGGCCAGGAAGGCGCCUACCCGCAGGCUGGGACGUGGGCAGCCCCUGGCUACUCUCCAUCUCGGAGGCCCACCACAAUACCGACUCUGUCUGCCGGAGUGCAUGCAUCGGACCAAGGAGACAUGGAUGACUUUAUGAGCUCGCAGUGGGAAAGCACAGCUGUUCGUCAUUCCUUCAUUAGAAAGGUUUACUUGAUUUUAACAGCACAGCUUGCCGUCACCUUUUCAGUUGUCGCUGUCUUUACAUUUGUUAAACCAGUGAGGAUUUUUGUCAUCAGAUAUCCUGGCAUCUACUGGGCAUCUUUUGUGGUAUAUUUUAUGGUUUACUGCAUUCUUGUCUGCUGCAAAGGGCCGAGGAGGCGUUUCCCAUGGAAUCUUGUGCUGCUGGGGGUAUUUACUCUGGCCUUGUCUUACAUGUCUGGAACAAUUUCGAGCUAUUAUGAAACAAAGGCAGUGUUUCUGGCCAUGGGAAUAACAGCAAUAGUUUGCAUCGCUGUCACAAUCUUCUGCUUCCAAACCAAGGUGGACUUCACCUCCUGCGGGGGACUUCUCUGCAUUGCGUCCGUUGUGCUCAUGAUCAUUGGGAUUGUUACCGGCGUUGUCCUGUCUUUCCAAUAUGUUCCGUGGCUGCAUAUGCUCUAUGCUGCAAUUGGAGCCGUCAUUUACACUCUGUUUUUGGUAUACAACACCCAGCUGCUCGUUGGAAACCGUCAGUUGGCCAUCAACCCAGAGGAGUACAUCUUUGGAGCGCUCUCUCUCUACAUUGACAUUGUUCACAUCUUCCUCUUCGUCCUUCAAGUCGGGGGAGCCGCCACUGAAUGAGCCCACGGUCAGAGCACACCCAGUUUGGACUUACAGUAUAUUGUUUUUUGACGUUUGUCAUAAUGCUAGCGCGUCAGUAAGAAUGUUUUACUACCAGCUUAAUACGGUGAAUUCCCAAACUUUGAAUUUAACUUCAUAUAACAUUUUUUUUAUGUCUGUAACACUAAAGCACUUUGAAGUUGGUGCUGUGAAUGAGGUCACUUGAGCAUAAUGGUUGUUAUCUAAGAUUUUUUCUUCUAACAUUUUGUCAUUUACCAUUUUCAAAUGGUAUUUUUAGAUCAUGCGUGCAUCAUGUAGCCAUGAGAGAAAAUGGAAAAACUGAGAACCAUGUAUUUGUUGAAGUUUUUAUUAUUACUUUGUGUUCAGUCCUCUUAUGACAUACAAAACACCUUUAGUUACAGGAACACUGCUGGAGACCACAAUAAUUAGUCCUUAGUCUGUGCUGGUAGUAGGAGGGACUCUUCUGUGUUAACGUGUUUUUAACAUAGAAAAAGACAAACACUGAGUUGAUUCAAAGAUGGAUUAAGUGUAUGCAGCUCUACAGGAAGUUCCAGCCAACUCCUUUUUCUCUUUUGUAUGUUAUUUGUUGUUGUAAGACAGCCCUGUACACCUAUCAAUAAAGUACAUGC